GGAAGCUCAGAUGCACAUCCAGGUUUCAGGUGGUGGAGAUGGAGAGUCAAAGCCUGUUUUAGUUCCAACAGGUGGAGGUGGGAGUGAGCAUCUAGUGGGUGGAUGGAAAAGCAGAGAAAUGCAAGGAGGGAAGCAGGAAAUAGCUUCCAGUAGGUCGUCUGACCACUUCCAUUACCUCCAGUUCAGAGCAGCGCUGUUAAACUGUAUUCUAGUGAAACACACACCAGGAAAUACUGGUGGAGGAGCUCGACAAAUAUGGAGCAAUCAAAGGAAAUAAAUGCACACAAUAAUUCAUUACAGGACAUCCUCAGUUUUACUGCGUCAUCGACCUACAGCGUUUCAUCAGAACUUAUGUGGAACUAGCUGAUGAGUGGAGCAGAUGAAUAUGUCGUCGCGUUUUCGCUAUCAGACACUUUGUUUCCAUUCUCUGGUUGUUCUCCACCUUGGAUUGUGCUACAUUCACUAACCUUUUACCUUCAUUAUGGAUCCCAGCGUAAGUCAGGCUCUUCUGAUGGCAGUGUAACGACAAAAACAAGACAUAAAACAACAAAAACGAGACACAAAACGAAGAGACACAAAACGAUAAAAACAAGAGAAAACGAUAAAAACAAGACAAAAUGAUAAAAUGAGACAAAACGAUAAAAACAAGAGAAAACAAUAAAACGAAACACAAAACGACAACAAUGAGACACAAAAUGAUAAAAACAAGACAAAACGAUAAAAACAAGACAAAAUGAUAAAAUGAGACAAAACGAUAAAAACAAGAGAAAACGAUAAAACGAGACAAAACGAUAAAAACAAGACAAAAUGAUAAAAUGAGACAAAACGAUAAAAACAAGAGAAAACAAUAAAAUGAAACACAAAACGACAACAAUGAGACACAAAAUGAUAAAAACAAGACAAAACGAUAAAACGAGACAAAACGAUAAAACGAGACACAAAACUACAACAAUGAGACACAAAACGAUAAAAACAAGACAAAACGAUAAAGCGAAGACACAAAACGACAACAGCGAGACACAAAAUGACAACGAGACACAAAAUGACAACAACGAGACACAAAAUGACAACGAGACACAAAAUGACAACAACGAGACACAAAAUGACAACAAUGAGACACAAAAUGACAACAAUGAGACACAAAAUGACAACAAUGAGACACAAAAUGACAACAAUGAGACACAAAAUGACAACAAUGAGACACAAAAUGACAACAGCGAGACACAAAAUGACAACAGCGAGACACAAAAUGACAACAGCGAGACACAAAAUGACAACAAUGAGACACAAAAGGACAACAAUGAGACACAAAACGACAACAAUGAGACACAAAAGGACAACAAUGAGACACAAAACGACAACAAUGAGACACAAAAGGACAACAACGAGACACAAAACGACAACAACGAGACAAAAUGACAACGAGACAAAAUGACAACGAGGCACAAAAUGACGAGACACAAAAGGACAACAAUGAGACACAAAAGGACAACAAUGAGACACAAAAGGACAACAAUGAGACACAAAAGGACAACAACGAGACACAAAACGACAACGAGACACAAAAGGACAACAACGAGACACAAAAUGACAACAACGAGACACAAAAUGACAACGAGACACAAAAUGACAACAACGAGACACAAAAUGACAACAAUGAGACACAAAAUGACAACAACGAGACACAAAACGACAACGAGACACAAAAGGACAACAACGAGACACAAAAUGACAACAACGAGACACAAAAUGACAACGAGACACAAAAUGACAACAACGAGACACAAAAUGACAACAAUGAGACACAAAAUGACAACAACGAGACACAAAAUGACAACAAUGAGACUCAAAAGGACAACAAUGAGACUCAAAAGGACAACAACGAGACACAAAAGGACAACAAUGAGACUCAAAAUGACAACGAGACACAAAAGGACAACAACGAGACACAAAAUGACAACAAUGAGACUCAAAAUGACAACGAGACACAAAAGGACAACAACGAGACACAAAAGGACAACAACGAGACACAAAAUGACAACAAUGAGACACAAAAGGACAACAACGAGACACAAAAGGACAACAACGAGACACAAAAGGACAACAACGAGACACAAAAUGACAACAACGAGACACAAAAUGACAACAACGAGACACAAAAUGACAACAACGAGACACAAAAUGACAACAACGAGACACAAAACGACAACAACGAGACACAAAACGACAACAACGAGACACAAAAUGACAACAACGAGACACAAAAUGACAACAACGAGACACAAAAGGACAACAACGAGACACAAAAGGACAACAACGAGACACAAAAGGACAACAACGAGACACAAAAGGACAACAACGAGACACAAAAGGACAACAACGAGACACAAAAGGACAACAACGAGACACAAAAGGACAACAACGAGACACAAAAGGACAACAACGAGACACAAAAGGACAACGAGGCGCAAAAUGACAACGAGGCGCAAAAUGACAACAACGAGACGCAAAAUGACAACAACGAGACACAAAAUGACAACAACGAGACACAAAAUGACAACAACGAGACACAAAAGGACAACAACGAGACACAAAAGGACAACAACGAGACACAAAAGGACAACAACGAGACACAAAACGACAACGAGACACAAAACGACAACAACGAGACACAAAAUGACAACAACGAGACACAAAAUGACGAGACACAAAAAUGAGAAACUGAUAAAAACGAGAAAAAAACGACAAGACACAAAACAAAAAAAACGAUAAAAACGAGAGACAAACCGACAACGAGAGACAAAAAGGAGGUGAGCUAACUAAACAUGGCACGUUCACUGACAUUAGGUAAAUCUGGAACUGAACAAUAAACUCUGAAACCUCAACAUCAGUCCGUUACAACAUUCUGUUAUCUUCUAGUAAAAUGAUUCAUAUAUAAAUGAAAGUCGUUGGUAUUCAGGACUUUAUGAAGAACUGAUGGAUAUCGUGAUGCACAGAACGGAUUUGUUUAUGUUUUCACCAGAGGUCCGACUUGCAGAAAAUCAACUUGCGUAGAUCUGUAGGAA